UGCUGUGCCCCUCACUGGGGAGGGCGAGGUGGCCCCCCAGCCUAGAGCAGUGGGUGUGGGGCUUUUGUGCACUACUUGGGGUCCCAGCAGCAGAGCAGAAAGGGAGAGGCCAUGUGCUGGGCAGGACUCCAGCCAGGAAAGGCCAGGGGGUGCUCAGGGUGAGGUGUCCCAGACCUGACACCUUCAGUGCCCCCACCUCACGGCUUAGGCACCCUGCAGGGCUGCCCCCCUUCCUGCGAGGGCCCUCCACCUCUUGCAGCAGUGACUUGUACACUUUUUCCAACUUCCUGUGAACCUCCGCCCUGGAGAGGCAGCUGGGUGACUCAGGACCCCGGUGGCCAGGCCCCCAGCUCCAUGGGAUCUUUGUUUGCUCAGGCCUUGGCUCUGGCCCUCUUGCCUAGGGCCGUCAGAGGAUUUCCUGAGCCCCACCCCUGCCCUCUGACAAGCAGGCCAGCCAGCCCAGCCGAGGCCUGGGGGGUGGGGGUCCCUGAGGCUGGAGUGGCCACCCUUCCACUGGGCUCAGGAGAUGGCGAGCAGAGAGCCUGGGCCUGAGCAGCGGCCCCCAGAGGACGAGAAGGAGGCAAUCCGUCGUGCCAUCCAGAAGGAGCUGAAAAUCAAGGAGGGUGUGGAGAACCUGCGGCGGGUGGCCACCGACCGCCGCCACCUGGGCCACGUGCAGCAGCUGCUGCGCUCCUCCAACCGCCGGCUGGAGCAGCUGCACGGCGAGCUGCGGGAGCUGCACGCCCGCGUCCUGCUGCCCAGCCCCGGGCCCGUGGCCAGGGAACCUGUGGCUUCAGGAGCACCCCCGUCAGCAGAGCAGCCCAGGGCCCGGCAGCUGGAGGCUCUACAGAGGCAGCUGCAGGUGGAGCUUAAAGUGAAGCAGGGGGCUGAGAACAUGACCCACACGUAUGCCAGUGGCACCCCCAAGGAGAGGAAGCUCCUGGCAGCUGCCCAGCAGAUGCUGCGGGACAGUCAGCUGAAGGUGGCCCUGCUGCGCAUGAAGAUCAGCAGCCUGGAGGCCAGUGGGUCCCCAGAGCCAGGUGAGGCCCUGGGAGGCAAGGCUGGGCCGCCUGAGCAGGACCUGGGUCUGGGGGCUGACUCCUUCCUCCUAGGUCCGGAGCUGCUGGUGGAAGAGCUGCGGCAUCGACUCCACAUCGAGGCUGCCGUGGCCGAGGGGGCCAAGAACGUGGUGAAGCUGCUGGGUGGCCGGCGGGCCCAGGACCGGAAGGCACUGGCCGAGGCCCAGGCCCAGCUCCAGGAGUCCUCCCAGAAACUGGACCUCCUGCGGCUGGCCUUGGAGCAGCUGCUGGAGGGACUGCCCCCUGCCCAUCCCCUGCGAGGCAGAGUGGCCCAGGAGCUUCGGACUGUGGCGUCUGGGAACCCCCAGCCUUCAGGGGCACUUGUGAAGCCCACUGCCCUGACAGGGACCCUGCAGGUCCACCUCCUAGGCUGUGAGCAGCUGCUGACAGCUGUGCCCGGACGGUCACCUGUGGCCGCGCUGGCCGGGAACCCCACCCAGGGCUGGCUUCGGGGCAGGGUCAAGCAGCAGCGGGGCCAAGGCGAGCUGGCCUGUGAGGUGCUGGCCGUGCUGAAGGUGGAUAAUCGUGUCGUGGGCCAGACAGGUUGGGGACCGGUUGCCAAACAGUCCUGGGACCAGACUUUUAUUGUCCCCCUGGAGAGGGCCCGAGAGCUGGAGAUUGGGGUGCAUUGGCGGGACUGGCGGCAGCUAUGUGGUGUGGCCUUCCUGCGGCUGGAGGACUUCCUGGACAAUGCCUGUCACCAGCUCUCCCUCAGCCUGGUGCCCCAGGGGCUGCUCUUUGCCCAGGUGACCUUCUGUGACCCAGUCAUUGAGAGAAGGCCCCGGCUACAGAGGCAGAAACGCAUUUUCUCUAAACGCAGAGGUCAGGACUUCCUGAGGGCUUCCCAGAUGAACCUCAGCAUGGCAGCCUGGGGGCGCUUGGUCAUGAGCCUGCUACCUCCUUGCAGCUCUCCAAGCACCAUCAGCCCCCCCAAAGGGUGCCCCCAGACGCCAGCCACACGCCGGGGGGCCACUGACUCUGCCUCUCCCAGUAACCUCCAGCCCAAGAAGACCCCCUUAGGAGAAGGGGCGAGACCCCCACCCAAGCCCCCACGACUCUACCUGCCUCCAGAGCCAACCCCUGAAGAGAUACCGCGCACCAAACGCCCCCACAUGGAGCCAAGGACUCGCCUUGGGUCGUCUCCACCAGCCGCAGCCACCAGGAAAGCCCCUCGGCUCCAGGACUUCCGUUGCUUGGCUGUGCUGGGUCGAGGGCACUUUGGGAAGGUCCUCCUGGUCCAGUUCAAGGGCACAGGGAAAUACUAUGCCAUCAAAGCACUGAAGAAGCAAGAGGUGCUGAGCCGGGAUGAGAUAGAGAGCCUGUACUGUGAGAAGCGGAUCCUGGAAGCUGUGGGCUGCACUGGGCACCCCUUCCUGCUGUCCCUCUUGGCCUGUUUCCAGACCUCCAGCCACGCCUGCUUUGUGACUGAGUUCGCGCCCGGCGGUGACCUCAUGAUGCAUAUCCAUGAGGACGUCUUCCCAGAGCCCCAGGCCCGGUUCUACCUGUCCUGUGUGCUCUUGGGGCUGCAGUUCUUACAUGAAAAGAAGAUCAUUUACAGGGACCUUAAACUGGAUAAUCUCCUGCUGGAUGCCCAGGGCUUCCUGAAGAUCGCAGACUUUGGGCUUUGUAAGGAAGGGAUCGGCUUUGGGGACCGGACAAGCACCUUCUGCGGCACCCCGGAGUUUCUGGCCCCGGAGGUGCUGACCCAGGAGGCCUACACGAGGGCAGUGGACUGGUGGGGGCUGGGCGUGCUGCUCUAUGAGAUGCUGGUGGGCGAGUGCCCAUUCCCAGGGGACACAGAGGAGGAGGUGUUUGACUGCAUCGUCAACGCAGACGCACCGUACCCCCACUUUCUGUCGCUGCAAGGGCUCGAGCUGAUCCAGAAGCUCCUCCAGAAGUGCCCGGAGAAGCGCUUGGGGGCGGGCGAGCGGGAUGCCGAGGAGAUCAAGACACAGCCCUUCUUCAGGGCCACCGACUGGCAGGCCCUGCUGGCCCGCGCCGUCCAGCCGCCCUUCGUGCCCACUGUCUGCGGCCCUACAGACCUGCGCUACUUCGAGGGCGAGUUCACCGGGCUGCCGCCCACCCUGACGCCGCCCGAGCCCCGCAGCCACCUCACAACCCGCCAACAGGCCGCCUUCCGGGACUUCGACUUCGUGUCAGAGCGAUUCCUGGAGCCCUGAGAACCCUCCCAGCCUCUGCCCCCAAGCCUCUGCUCCCCGGACAGAGAGAGGCGCCGUUUGCCUGCCCCAGCACCCUGCCCUGGAGGCCCAGGUCUUGCCUGGUAUUUAUGAGCCUGUGGAGGCAGCUGUGGGGCACUGGUCGUGGGCUUCUCUCAGCCCUUGGGCAGUCUCCCCCACAUACCCCAGAGAGACCCGGACCAGAAAGGGGGGCACAGCAAGGAGUGGUUUGGUUGUGUUUUUUAAUACUUGACUUGCUUUGUGGGUUAUUAAAUUUAUAAAACCGCACUGGAGGCAGCCUGGCUUGA